AUGUUUAUAUUUAUCAUCACAACAAUAUAUUGUUAAUCAAUUCUCGAUGGUCUAAAAAUGGUGGAAAAAAGUUUGAAAUAUACUUAUGAUAAUAGCAUUAUAUAUAAAAAUUGUAAACCCAUCUUUGGUUUACCAUGUCAAAUCUAGUAAUAUUAGAAUACAUAAUAAGAAUUAAAAAUGAAAAAAUACAUUGAUGAAGAAGUAAAUAUUGAAUAAUAGGAAGGCUAAUUUAUUCUUAAGCUUAAUUGAAUCAGAUUAGAAAUAUCACCAAUAUUAUUAAGGGACAAUUAAUUAGAUCAAAAAAGAAAUUGGACUUUAUGAAAUCAAUGAAGAAUAUUUAUCUAUAUUAAUGGAUUUCGAUUAAUUCAUCUUAGAAAAAGAAUAAAAAUUGAUUGAACAUAAAUACUAUGUUGAAUUAUAAGAAAGAGAGAUUCAUAGUAUAAAUAAAACAAACGAUACUUUUAAAGAUCAUAAUGGAUCUCUAUUCAUUAAUUUCAAAGAUCUUUAUAUUCCUAAAAAAGCAAAAUAAAAUACUAAGACUACCACUAAUAAUAUCAAUAUACAAACAGCUGAAAAAGAUGGAACUAUUUCAUUUAGUAAAGGAGUUUAUUUGAGUUAAUUUUAUGUUAAGAGUUUAAAAAAGAAUUCAAAAAUUACAUUAGAGUUUUUAGGAGGAAAAACUACAGAUAUAGAUAUUCAAGUUGAUGAAAAUUGGGUAUUCAUUAAGGGUCCAGUAGAUCAUUAAAUCAUAAAUAUAACAAUAAGUAAAUAUACAGCAAUAGACUCUAUUUUAAUUAAGUUAAAGAAAUUGUAUUACACUCAAGAAUAAAUAUCUAUGUUAUUAAUUUAGAACUUAUUGUUAAAGUAAAAACUAUUGCAUUAAGAUAAAAAAUUAAAUAAGUAGAUGAUUGAAGAAAACUAUGAGAAAGAAAAUAAAAAAUAAAAAGUCAUUAUUCUUUAAGAUCUGGAUUAUGAUUAAAUAGAUGAUAUUAUAGCCUUUCUAGAAUUAAUAGAAUUGGAAAUUAAGAAGAUUAAGGGGAAAUCUUAAAAUAAAAAAUUGAAUUCAGAUUAGAUCUUAGAUGUUAUUGAUUAAAUUAUUAAAGGAUAAGACAAUCAGAAACAAUUAGAAAAAUUUUAGAACAUUUUGGAAAUAUUCUUUUAAUCUAACUUGAAUGAAGAAGGAAUUAAAUUACUUUACUAGGAUUUGAUUAAAGCUAAAUCAGAUCUAUAAGAAAAAUGA